CAAAGUUGAUAAUGCAAUUGAUUAAUAAACCUGAGUAUUGCGCUUAGGGAGACAUGAAAACACAUUGCGCAAUGCCUUUUUUGAACCGUCAAUUUUGCACUGUAACUCGACUGAUUCUGCAAGACGCCAACCUCUCCAAGUGAAAGCCCCGAAUCGACGUCACAUAAUUUACAGUGCAAUGUUCGCGUGCAUUCAUACACCCAUCGAGCAAAAGCUCGACUAUAGUUUGGGCAACAAAGUAGGAAGUGACGCUUCGAAAAGGGGGAAAAGUUUUCUGUCGUUUAUAGGGAAACGUAUAUCGUUGGAGGGAAGAUAACGUCGCCCGGUGGAAACAAGGGCUCUGCGUAUGAAUGAAGGCCUGGAGCGGCCCCUCAGACGUCUCGACCCACCAGCCUUGGAGCAGAGGAAGAGGCGGAGGAGGAGAAGAAGAAGGAGGAGGAGAAGGAGGAGGAGAGGGCGUGUAAUCUUCAGCCCCCUUGUCCUCUCCCCGUGAUCGUCUGCUACGCCCCCCCCUCCCUCCCCACACCCCGUGGAGCUGCCCUUUAGCCCCAUUCGACAGCCACCCUUUAUCUUUUUUUCUUUUUAAAAUAUAUAUUUAUAUUAUUCUCUCCAUUUAAAACUGUUGAACGAUUGAAGACGCAGCUCAGCCAGGCGGAUACGGUUAGUGGGGGAAACCGGGUCCUGUUAAGGAAAAGGCUUUUGGGCUUGCUGUCGGUGUGGUUUUCUGAGGUCAGGCGUUUGGGAGCACCCUGCCCCAACUCUGCACCCAACCCUACCCCACCCCAAACCCACCCCGUCCCCCCCUAGAAACGCCCGCCCACCCUCUUGAUUGAUGCCCCAGCCAUGAGCCUGCCGACCCAGCAGAAAGCCAACGUGAAGAGAACCGGCAAACGCAUCUCCUUUUUCAACGACCAGGGCGUGGCCAUGAAGGAGCCCGUGGUGCAGCCGGGCGAGGGGGCGUUCUUCGGGCCCUUCCCCCCCGCCGGCGCGGAGCAGCGGCCGGGCGAGACGGCCGGCGUGGCCCCGGCCCCCGGCGCGGAGGGCGCGGCCCCCAACCUCUACGUCAACUCCGUCAUCUUCAGCCCCGACAAGGGCGAGCAGAGCCGGGGCCACUACCAGCACACCGUGCCCAUGAAGUGGCCCCACCAAGAGGCCCCCCAGCAGCCGGGCUGGGCCCCGGGCAUCCCCAUCGGCUCCUGGGGCCAGGGCUUCCCCCAGUACCACCUGGGCGUGGGGCUCAACGACGCCCGGGCGGGGCAGACCGCCUUCCUGAAGCCCCUGGACAAGCCGCUGCCCAACGCCGCGGACAGGGAGGCGGCCAAGGCGCGCGGCCUGGACUGGGAGCAGCAGCAGACUGUGGCCGCCAUGCAGCACGCGCACGCGCAGGUCUAUCAGCAGCAGGGCCAGAAGGCCCCGGUUCUGCCCGGCCAGCCCCACGCCUCGGCCCACGUGGCUGCCGGGUCGGUGCUGCAGCCCUUCCAGCUGGCGUUCGGGCAGUCCAAGCAAGCCCUCCCCUCCGACUACUACCCCCAGUUCCAGAGCAGCCGGACCCUGCCCAACAUGACCUACACGGCUCAACCAAAGGCCCAGCACCAGCUGCAGCAGCUGCAGCAACAGCAGCAGCUGCACCAACAGAGGCAGCAGCAGCAGCAACAACAACAACGCCAACUUCAGCAGCAGCAACUGCAACAACAGCUGCAGCAGCAACAACAACAACAGCAGUUGCAACAGCAGCAGCAGCUGCAGCAACAGCAGCAGUUGCAACAACAACAACAACAACAACAGCAGCAGCAACAAAACCAACAGCAGCAGCAACAAAACCAACAGCAGCAGCAACAAAACCAACAGCAGCAGCAACAAAACCAACAGCCGCAGCAACACCCACCGCAGCAGCAGCAGCACCAGCUACAACAAGCGCACCCGGCCCAAAUUCACCAAAACCCGCACUUUCACGACUACUUCCCCUCCGGCGCCCACCUAAUCCACAGCAAUCAGCACCUUCAGCAGCCCCCACCUCAGGCUGUGGGGCCCCAGGCCGCCCCGCCGGGGCCGGGCGCCCCUCCCCCCGCAGAUCCGCAGGAGCCCGAACCCCAGAAGCUCCCGCCGGGCCCCCAGCCGGCCCCCGAGGCCCCGCAGCCCGCCCCCCGCCGGUCCCGGCGGCUCUCCAAGGAGGGGGGCGUGCCCCCGUCGGUCGACGGCCCCUUCGUGGCCCCCCAGAACGGCGGCCCCGAGGGCCGGGGGCCCAACGAGGACGUGCAGGCGGCGCCCACGGGCGUGAUCCAGAGCACGCGCCGGAAGAGGAGGGCCUCGCAGGAGGUGAAUCUGGAGACGCUGGCCCAGAAGGCCUCCGAGAUGGAGUCGCUGCCUCCGCAGGUCGUCAAGCGUGAGCCAGGCGAGAUUUGGAUCCCCGGCGGUACCCAGGCUGCCCCGGGGCGGGGGGCGGUGGCGGAGAGGGAGGGGGCGAGCGCCAAGCGUCCGCGGGACGAGAGCCUGCUGCCGCUGGUCAUCCCGGUGUCGGUCCCGGUCCGGAGGGCCGACCACCCCUCGCCCGACCGGGAGCCGGCCGACCCCCCGGGGCCCUGGCCCCAGAGGCCCCCGGGCGCGCAGGGCCCCGCCCACCUGGAGCACAAGCCCUCCGUCAUCGUGACCCGCCGACGCUCCCUCAGGAACUCGCUGUCCGAGAGCUCCGGCCUGAACGGCGGCGGAGACGGGGGCAAAGACGACGACGGGAAAUCGGCCAAGUCGAAGCGGCGGCCGCGGCCGGAGCCCCUCUUCAUCCCGCCGCCGAAGCCGGGCACCUUCAUCAUGCCGCCCGUGUACUCCAACAUCACGCCCUACCAGAGCCACCUGCGCUCGCCCGUCCGGCUGGCCGACAACCCCCUCACCAUGCCCCCCUACACGCCGCCCCCCAUCCUCAGCCCCGUGCGCGAGGGCUCCGGCCUCUACUUCUCCACCUUCCUGUCCUCCGCGGCCGCCGCCGUCGCCGCCAACAGCCAGGGCCUGCCCCCGCCCGCCACGCCCAAAUCCGCCACCCGCAGCCUGCUGCGCUCCAACAGUUGUGAUAUAACGCCUCCUGUGCUCUCUGCGAUUGGCGAGGCCACACCGGUCAGCAUCGAGCCGCGGAUAAACAUCGGGACUCGGUACCAGGCAGAGGUGCCGGAGAUGCGGGACCGUUCAGCCGCGCAGCAGGACCAGCACCUGGCCGAGAUCGUGUGGGCCCCGCUGCCAGAGCUGGAGUCCAAACCGGCCCAGCAGACCAGAGUGAAUGACCUCAUGAGCCUGUCCUGCUCCAGCGCUUUGUGUGGCGGUGGGACCAAUCAGGAGCUGGCGCAUCACUGCCUCUACGAGUGCAAGGGUGACAUUCUGGGAGCUCUUGCCCUCCUGCUGCUGAAGAAGCCCAUAUUUUCCAAGUCCCACACGCUGGGGGAUUACCACUACUCAGGGUCCGACAGCUGGACGUCAGCCGAGAAGCGCUACUUCAACAAAGGCAUCGCCGCGUACAAGAAGGACUUCUUCAUGGUCCAGAAACUGAUCCGCACUAAGACCGUGGCGCAGUGCGUGGAGUUCUACUACACCUACAAGAAGCAGGUGAAGAUCGGCCGCAACGGGACCCUCAUCUACGGGGACAUGGAGCCCCCCGAAGCCAAGGCCACGGAGGUGGAGGUGGACGUCAAGAGCUCACAACGAUUUGAAUCGCGGAAGGAGGAAGAGGACGGCCAGAAGUGGGAGGGGUCAGGUGACCGGAAGCAGAACAGCCCUCCCAGGGUGACGCAAACGCUCCAGGCCACUGGAAACGUUGGCGCGGUGCUGGUGUUGAAAGAGGAGCCCAGGAGGGAUCAGCCGUCCUGGGGGGUCGGUCAGCCCCCGCUCCCCCAGCCACACCCGCGCCCCCCUCCCGCCCCCUCCAAACCCCGCCCCGAUGCCGCCGCCAAGAAGCCCGCGGCCUCCACCACAGGGAAGGGCCAGUCCAACCCGGAGGGGGAGUUCCCCUGCAAGAAGUGUGGCAGGGUGUUCUUCAAGGUGAAGAGCCGCAGCGCGCACAUGAAGAGCCACGCGGAGCAGGAGAAGAAGGCGGCGGCGCUGCGUCAGAAGGAGGCGGACGAGCGGGCGGCCGCCCUGGCGCUGGCCGAGGCGGCGGCCGCAGCGGCCGCGGCCGCGGAGGCCCAGCAGAACGGAGAGAAGGAGCCGGAGGAGGAGAGCAGCGACACGUCCUCCGAGGAGGAGGGCGAGGACGUGGACGAUGAGGACUGGCACUGAGCGCGCCCUCCCCCCCUCCAAAAAACAAACACACAGAGCGGCGCCACACGCACUCAGCCACGGAGAACAGCGCCACCCUGAGAACAAAGGCCUCAGCUGUGGGGUUUUUUUAUUUUUUAUUUGUAUUUUUUUAAUGGGACAUUUUUUUUUUUUUCUCAUAAACCUGGACACAUUCAAAUAUGGGCCUACCAGCCUUUGUGAGAGUGUGUUGGUGUGUGUGUGUGUGUGUGUGUGUGUGUGUGUGUGAGAGAGAGAGAGAAAAAGAGCGAGAGAGAGGGGGAGAGUGUUGGUGUGUGUAUGUGUGUGUGUGAGAGAGAGAGAGAGAGAGAGAGAGUGUGUGUGUAUGUAUGUGUGUGUGUGUGUGUGUGAGCGAGCGAGCGAACGCGUGCGUGUUCUCUGGUCUCGUUAUUUAUUUAUUUCGCUCUUUGAAAGACUUUCAGGAGCUCUUCUCUUUUUCUUUUCUUUUUUU